AUGUCUUCGGAUUUUGAAACAUACGAGCAAGACUUUGGCACCACCACGGCAGAAAUUACCAACAAAAUUGGUAGAAUUCCGAAACUAGCCGGAGAGGAGAAGACACAGCUGGUUCUAAAUGUCGACAAACAGCUUGAAGAAGUCAGAGAGUUGCUGGAGCAGAUGGAUCUGGAGGUACGAGAGAUCCCCAUUCAGAGCAGAGGAAUGUAUAACAGUCGACUGAAGAGCUACAAACAAGAGCUGGAGAAACUGGAGAAGGACUUUAAAAGGUCACGUAUUGCCUACAGUGAUGAGGUUCGGAACGAGCUCAUGGGGGAUGAUGGGAGUUCCUCGGAGAAUCAGUUGAUAAAGUUACGUGAAGAGAGAGCGCAUCUGUUGGACAACACAGAGAGACUGGAAAGGUCAUCCCGGAGGCUGGAAGCUGGGUACCAGAUAGCUGUGGAAACCGAACAAGUUGGACAGGAGAUCCUCGCCAACCUCCACAGCGACCGGGAGAAGAUCCAGAGAGCGAGAGAACGGCUGAGAGAGACGGAUGCUAACUUGGGCAAGAGCUCUCGUAUCCUGACAGGCAUGCUCAGAAGGAUUAUCCAGAACCGUAUCCUGGUCUUCAUUCUAGGCGCCAUCAUCCUCCUCACCAUCGUGCUGGCCAUCUAUUUUAAUCUGCGAGGGCACUGA